AUGCCUGGCUCCGGCCACCUUGCCUUUCCUGCGCAGGCGCGUGCCGCAUCGCAGCAGCUGAGUGAUGGAGAGUUGGCGGAGCUGGCCGAGGAGAACCGCAAGCUGCGCUCCCUGCUGGAGGCGGACGCGGGCCGCCUGCCCGCCGACCAGGUGGACGCGCUGCGCCGCCAGUACGACGACAUACGCGCGCUCGCCGCCGCCAAUGGUCUCGCGAUGGACCCGCUGGCGCCCGCAGACGGCGAGGAGGUGGAGGCAAGUGGUGGUAGCACACACCACAGCAGCAGUAGCAGCAGCAGCAGUAGCAUCAAUGCGGCCAGCGGCUCACACGCCAGCGGCAUUGCGGCGCCACCAGCACAAGUUGUUGGCAGCAGCCCGGCUGUGACUGCCGCCAAGCAGCAGCAGUGGAAGCAGCAGGCAGCGGCGGCGGCCGCCGCCCUAGGGGCCGCGGCAAGCCAGGCGCCGGCUGCGGCUGCCGAAGAGGCGGACCACUGGGUUGACGAGCGCGGGCGGGGCGGGGGCGACUACGCGGACCGCAUGGCGCCGCAGCUGGGCGCCCAGGAGAAGGCCGCCCGCGCGGCCCGCGAGGCGAAGCUGCGAUCCGACGCUGCGGCGCUGGUUGCGUCCCAUGACCCGGCAGAGGUGGCUGCGGAGCGCCACCACUGGCUGGUGUUCACGGUGCCCGAGGUGCCUGUGGCUGGGUCUGACGUGGUGGUGUACUUCAACAAGCCCCAGAGCUCCUGCCUCCAGUGGGCAUCGCAGCUGCGCCUGCAGGUGGGCUUCAACAAGUGGAAGCUGGGCGGUGAGAAGCUGCCGCUGGCGCCGGCCCCUGUCCCCCACGUGGAUGGCAGCGACUUCUGGUCCGUGAAGGUUGCGGUCCCGGAGGAGGCGUACGAGAUCAACAUGGUGUUCGGGGACGACUUUGGCAGCUACGACAACAACCAGGGCCAGGACUUCACCUUUGCCACCGAGGGCGGCUGGUCCUUUGAGGAGUGGAUUGACGGCGCGGCAGACCGCGCCGCAAAGGCCGAGGAGGAGGAGAGGGCGGCGCGCGAGGCGGCGGCGCGCGAGGCGGCAGCCGCUGCCAAGGCGGCGGCUCUGCAGCGUGAUGACCAGGAGGCGCGCGCCGCAGUGGAGGAGCUUAAGUCCGGCUGCGCGUCAUACCGCGACGGCGCCCUGGACCAGCGCAAGGUUGAGGCCAACGGGGCCACAGCGCUUCUCUGGACCACCAGCCCCGCACCGCUGGUGGCGGGCGCAAAGGGCCGCCUGCUGUAUAACACAAGGGCGGGGCCGCUGGCCUGGCUCGACCCCGCGCAGGGCCACGCGGCGCCGACCCUGACCUACGGCUUCAACAACUGGAAGACCCUGGGGGGCGACCCGAUCGUGAUGGUGCCCGCCCAGGUGGAGGAGGCUGCAGAGGGGGAGCUGUGGUGGGAGGCGGCGUUCGACGUGCCGGCGACCGCAGCGGCCCUGUCCUUCUGCGUCAACUCUGGGGACUGCUGGGACAACAACAACGGCGCUGAUCACAAGGCGCUCGUGGCCUGGCCGGCAGAGUUUGAGGCCGCGGAAGACCCCGUUGCCGCGUGGGCGGACAGCCUGCUGCAGCAGCUGCGCGACGCCGCACGCACGCGCCGCGAGGCCUUUGAGAGUGCUGCUGCGGCGAAGGAGGCCAAGCGCCAGGCUGAGCGGGUCCAGCUGCGUGAGCAGGCCAUGGCAGUGCUGCGGCGCCAGCUCAAGCACGUGCUGUUCACCGAGCCCGAGGUGCCGCGUGCCGGGGAGAAGGUGACGGUGUACUACUCGCCGGCCUCCACGGCGCUGGCGGGACGCGAGCAGAUCUACAUUACCGCAGGGUUCAACCGCUGGGGCCACCUGCGGCGCCUGGGGCCGGCAGCCAUGAAGCCCCCUGGGGAGGGCGGCCUGCACCACAGGGCCACCUUCAUGGUGCCGCGUGACGCCCACGUGCUGGACGUGGUGCUGUCUGACGUGGAGGGGGGUGAGGGCACCUACGACAACCGCGGGGGCCUGGACUACCACAUCCCCAUUGAGGGGGGCGUCGGCGCCAAGCCGCACCCGCUGCACGUGGUGCACAUCGCCGUGGAGAUGGCCCCCAUUGCCAAG